AUGACUUUCUACCUCGUCACCUUCUACUCCGCUUUUGCCGCCCUGGGAUCAUUCCUGUUCGGUUAUGAUUCCGGCGUGAUCUCUUCCAGUAUCGAGCAGGAGGCCUUUCUGCGCCAAUUCGGGUCUCCAACACUGUCUGACGCCGUCGCUGGGGGAAUCAUUUCCUCGUAUAUCGGAGGCGCAAUCGUGGGCUCGGUCCUCGCCUCGUAUAUUUCGGAUUCCUAUGGCCGUCGAAUGGUCCUCUUUAUCGGUGGUCUUCUUGCCACUCUGGGCGCUGGCCUCCAGGGAGGCGCGGUCAAUAUCGCGAUGCUUAUCGCCGGUCGAUGCAUUGCGGGUCUGGCAAUUGGGCAGAUGUCUGCCACUAUUCCCGUUUAUUGUAGCGAAAUUGCCCCGCCACAGACUCGGGCGAUGUUAGGUAGUAUGCAGCAAUGGAUGAUUGGCUUGGGGUUCGUGGUUGCGCAAUGGGUGGGAUACGGAUGCUCCCUUCGAGGAGGAGUCUUCUCCUGGCGUUUUCCACUUUCCUUUCAAGCCGUGCCGGCAAUAAUUCUGACUUGUGGCAUUUGGUUCCUUCCUGAAUCGCCACGAUGGCUCAUGGAAAAGGGCAGAGAGGAAGAAGGCCGCUCAGUUCUCGCCCGACUCCAUCCCAACCAAGGCGUAACUAACAACCAACUACUCGAACAUGAGAUGUUCCAAAUCCAACAGAGCCUAGCAUCCGAGAAGCAAUCCGCUGUACGAUCCUGGCGUCACCUUUUCCUCUCCCCGCGCUGGCGACACAGGAUCAUCUUAGCUUGUGGUCUGCAGGCAUUCACCCAAUGCUCAGGCACAAACGUAAUCUCAAACUACGGCCCAGGACUCUUCCGCACGCUCGGCUUGACAGCACCAACAUCCCUCAUCAUAAUCGGACUCUGGGGCGCGCUAGCCCAGUUCUGGUACACGGUCUUCAUGGGUUUCAUCGACAAAGUCGGCCGUCGGAAACUGCUCAUCCCAUCAUUGCUGGGCAUGGGAGUAUCCCUGUGCAUUGAAGCCACGCUAGCACGGUACAUCGAUUUCAGCGAUCCCAACGUCAACCCACAUGCUCUGCGAGCCGCCGUGGCCAUGUUCUUUGUUUUCUCAUUCUUUUUCACGGCUCUUGGCAUGAUCUCCUGGGUCUACCAGACUGAGAUCUUCCCUACGCCUCUUCGAGCCCGCGGGUCGUCCAUGGCGACUGCCACGAACUGGAGUGUUAGUCUUAUCUUUACGCAGUGCUCGCCUAUAGCAUUGACGAAUAUCGGGUCGGAUUAUUUCUAUUGCUUUGCCGCAUUCAAUUGGGCGGCGAUGGUGGUUGUUUGGGCGUUUUAUCCUGAGACUGCGGGUUGUUCUCUUGAGGGUGUCGAAGAGGUUUUCAUAACACAGUUUGAUGAUGGGCACUCGGGGAGCUCUUUUGUUGAUGUCAACACUCCUGUGGCUAUUACGCCGCGCUCGCAGAUUCGGCAUAAGGGGCUGCAUCCGUUGUCGAUGCAUCCUACUUAUGACACUGUUAGUAUUGGUAGUAGUCACAGUGCGUCUGGGGAUGAGAUCGGAACCAAGGAGGUUUAA